AAAGUGUUGUUCUCUAAAAAGCGCGCCGCGUAAAUGCAAUGAAUGAAAUGCAAGUUAAGCCCUUCACGCGUCUUGUAUUUUAAGCUAUUUGUCCUACUCCUCCUCCUCUUGAUGAAUGAUUCAUUUCGGAGCAUUUCAAGCUCAAAACAACAAACACGUCAAAUCGAACAUCUCAACAGGUGAAUGGGAAGAGUUCGGUUGCUGUACAUGAACGACCUGAUUGAAUCCAAAAAGAGAAACAGCUAGAGCAUGGUCGAUUGAAGUCAAAACCAACGUCUUUAUUCGGGAUACUGGAAUUAUAAAUGGCCCGUUCCAUACAUCGAGCGCAAAGCAGCCAUGUCAUCAGAAGGCCAAACGUAUCGGAGUCUUUCGAAAAGCUACCACCAAGUCCUUCUGAUCUCACGAAAGUAAGCGUAUUAAAAGAAUCAUCUCUAAAUCAAGAAAGAAACGGUCAAAGUUUGAAAAAAGUUCCCGCUUUCGAUCCAGAACAUCGCAUAUCUCCACCUGAUAGGCUAGAGAGUCCUGCUGAUGCAUCCACGAUGAAUAAGAGAACGUCUCAAAAAUCGCCUUUUCGCUCUCGUGGCUCAAAUAUACCAAGAAAUGUGAACGGCAAUGGUAAGAAGGUUUCACCCAAAAAGAAUAUUGCAUAUAUGCCCGGCGAUGGCAUUCAACGUGAUACUUCUGCAGAAAUUUUGGCAUCACUGUCCAACUCCAGCCGACUCAAAUGGACGCCGGGUUCAAAAAGCUUCAGCGUGGUAGAACGUACAGGUGAAUCGUCAUAUGAAGGUAUGGACGAUGAAGCACAUACACGAGAUCGUAUCAUCCUUCUGCCAACAAAAAGGGCAAGAGAUCUUUCACGCUUCCAUCCACGUCCAAGUACUUCUUCAAUCAUACCGCCGCCUGUACAUGGAGAAAUGGAUAUCAGCAUUCUUGACGAUGAUGAUUUCAAUCGCGGACCCACUCCGCCGAUCGAAUACGAAUCCGAUCUUCAAAUCGAGAAUUCUGCGCCUGCAAUUCAGCAAAUCUCUACGAAUUCGCCCAAGCCUGCCGUACAAUCACCGCAAAAGAAGGGCAAAAGUCCUCGGAAAACCAUGCUGACCCCUGUCAAAGAUCGCUUUGUACCUACAUCCUCACCUCUCGCAAAACAGAUUGAUGAUGAGGAAAGUCAAUUAAUGGACGCAGAAUGGAAUGCGAACGAUGAUAUGGUACUUAUGACACCAUUGCCUGCAAAAGCCACCAGAAAAGGUACACCUACCAAUAGCUCAAUGGUGCUGACUUCACCUUUUCACGGCUCAGAGCGAGACACGUCUUCUGUAUCACCGUCAAAAUCUCUUCGAGAUCUUCUUGAAUCGUAUUACGAAAAAGUGGGAAGAGGAACAAGUGCUAAUAGUCGAUCGAUUAGAAGCAAUCAUACAAUUCAAGAUUUAUCGCAAGAGCCGACGCCAACGAGACCACUACGAAACGUUUCCGGUCAUAUUUCUACACCUCAUCCGUACAGGUUGCAUACCUUGAAUGAGUUGCAGGAGGAGCAAGCAGCAACCGCAGAAGAAGCAACGCCGAAUGCACAAAGAUCACUUGAACAGCCAUCAGUCACUCCUGAUGCUCUACAAUCCAAUGCUUCUAGAUUGUAUGAGCGCGAUCUCUCAACAAUCUUAGCAGAGAAUGUUCCAUCUUCAGAUCAUGAUGCCGAUUUCACCUUUGAUCGCGAAGCAGAUAUCCAAGAAAGAGCAGCUGAGAAACAUGUUCCACAAUAUCGUAAAUCGAUCGGAAAUAUUUUCGAUCGGAUGCAACAAGGAUCUUCUACUGGUGGUCAUGAUCGUAACCAAGGCACGAUCAUACGGCAUACCUCUUCUUCGCCGAUUGUUGAACGAGUGUCAUCAUCGCCUUUGAAACAAGUAUCGUCAGCAAAUCACAAUGAUAAUGAGGUUGAGCAAGAUGAUCAAGAUGGUCAAGAAGAGGAAGAUGAAGAUGAAGACAAUCUCGAAUACGAGCAGGAUGUUGAGGAUCCAGAUGAUGAAAGAGAAUUGAACAACCUACGUGAAUGGUCUAGGCAAGAUGCUGGUGCUCAGGCGGCAGAGGAAAGCGAUGCAAAUGAUGUGGGAGAUGAUUGGCAUGCUUCAGCUCGUUAUGAAGCACAAAGCGAAGAAGAAGAAUAUGAUGAAGAGAAUCUUGAUGAAGAGGAGGAAGAUUUUGAGGAUGAAGAGGAAGAGGAAAAUUUUGAAGAUGAAGAGGAGGAGGUAGAUCUUGAAGAUGAGAGUCAAGAUGAAGCUGAACAUUACGAAGAAUCAGUUGACGAAGAAGUCCAAAGGCAGGAAAACUUUGGAACAAGAGCAAGAAGAACAGACUCGAACGUAGCUUCAGAAGAGGGGGAAGAAUCACAUGCAGAAGCAAACAGCGUGACGAUGAGAGAAAGCGAUGAGACGAUGGUGUUAGCAAAUAUGAUGCGACAGCGAAUGGAAAUGCUUGACUCAAGACCUGACAUGGUUGAACUCAGCAGCAAAAACUAUGAUGCAGCUGCUCGUGCAGCUGAAGUCCUCCGAGCAUAUCACAAUUAUGUGCAACAUGGUUUGUUGGAAGCUGAUUUCGAUAUGGAUACCUGCACUAUCACAGAUUUGGAUGAAUCUCAACGAGAACGAUCAAUCACAGCUAAUUCUGGUAUGAAUCGAUCAAGCACAUUGCGGAGCGCCGAAAAAGGUCGCACACCUAGACUUUCACGCCGUUCGGGUGAAAGGCAUUCUAUCAUGGAUACUGCACAUUCUCCAGCCAAGCCUGCUACACCUCAUUCUUCUGCUUCCAUCACUGCAAGCACACCGCUUGUGCCUGGCGCAUUUCCCGGUUCUAGCAAUCGACAUGCUCGCCGUUCAGGCCAUCUUCAGGAUGAUAGGGAAAGGCAAAGAAAGCAAAAUGUCACUUCUGGGACGCCGGAUCUCACAAAAUUCUCAAAUGCAGAUUUUAGACGAUUGAUCGAUUUUGUUGAUGCCAAGAUCGUGGCUCAUGCCAACAAUCUUCGUGAAGAACGGGAAAUUGGGAAAGGCGAGGCAUACCUAUCUGGAUUGAAAAGUCUCGACCAAUCUGACAUUGUGAUAGAAUUCUUGGAGGAGAACGAAAUUUUCGAUCACGCUCAACUUCACGAAUGGUCAAAGAAGCUAAUGAAAAAACGCAUUACUGUCUUGCUGAUGAGGCUCAUUGAGAAACUGCAAGGAACAUAUCCUGAUCUUGAUGUGAAUGCUAUGACGAUUGAAUCUGUUGCAGAGGAAGAGGAUGCCACUUCUCCUGCUACACCAUUACGUCAGAACAGCACAAUUGAUGAAAGUGGAAUUGCAAAAACUGUUGAACGUGUACCGUUUAGAAUGAUAAACGCAAGCACACCAGCAAGGCCUAGCUCACAUCUUAAAGAAGUAACAUUUGCCGAUUCACUGGAAAGAGGCCCGCAAAGUAUCUAUCCCGCUUUGCCAAGAGAACACAGAAAGCGCAACCCGAGCGCUAUGGAUGAAACAGAAACAACAGAGGACAAUAUCCGAGCAGAUACGGCUUCGACAUCUAUAGCGGAUGCAACGAAAAGUUGGACAAGGCAAGGCUUGAGCAUGUUUGGUAGCUUCAUUGAUGGCGUGCUGUCUCGUGGCAAGAAUCAAAGUCAACAAUCACUUACGUCGGUUCAUGACCCUGUUGAGGAGCAGAUCGAAAGUGAUGAGAUAC